AUGAUCAGCCCACGAGACCUUCACAAUGACAUUGCGUUGGCUUUGCUUCUCGCAGUAGCAACAAGCUACCUCUCCCGCCGAGAGGACGAGCUUUUGUCGGAGAUUAUCUGUUGGGCAUGCUUACCGAUGAUAUUUGGAGCCAAUACCUUUGUAGAACAAGCCCGUGCAGAUCUACCCACAAGGCGUGAGACUCGGCAUACUCUCCCCUCACCAUUAUCGCUGUGGGUUGUUGCCGGUUGUCUUUCCAUCGCAUCCGGAUGUCGAGCUGAGGCGGACAGUUCCAAGCUCUUGCCUAUUUUGACCCCCUUGCUGCUUUGGACAGAUGGAGGCCUCGAUCGAAACGCUCAGGGGCGCGAUUCCGCGGACACUUCAAAGUUAGCCCCCUUAUCCAGUAAGCUCUGGACAGCAUCACUCGCUGCAGCUCUUUUGACCUUCGUUCUGAUCGACUGGAAUUACUCUGGACUUGUGCCUUCUGGCGUUGCGACUGGCGCCUCUUUCAUCGCCUAUGUUUCGUUUGAAUCAAGACAAAGGGGCGGUCACUUCUUACCUCACCUGAAUCCCUUCGGAGAACAUGUAUACUCUCUUGCACCAAGAGUGGCAGGAGUCCUUUUAGUUGGUAGUCUUGCCAGAGUAUACGUCUUUGGUCUUCCACGAUCUAGUUCCCUGUACGCUUUGUUUCUGGGACUGGUCAAGGCACUUUCCUGGCGAUGUGCUGCCAGAGCUACUCGUCACACGUCAUGGACUCUUCCGACUAUGAUGACCACAUUUGGUCUUCUAGCAACGCGCAAUCCGUUCGAAUUCACAUUUGAGAGUCAUGCAUUGUUGAAUCCUGUAUCUGCCCUGCUGUGCCUCGGCCAGAUUGCCGGUUUCGUCCCCAGACACAAACGCCCAAUGCGAUUCUUGUAUUCUUGCAUCAUGCUGCCGAUUAUACCCUAUGUAGCCAGUAUUAUGGCGAUUUAUCACGCGCGAACCGACGCUGCUACCUUCACCGCGGACACGCCACAUCCAGUCAUGGCCCUGUACAAUAAAGCACAGAAAGAGUUCGAGAACCUAUCUACGAGGCAAUCCACAACCUUCGAAGCCGCGUCGCAUAACUAUCAGCAUAAAUACGGCAUGGAGCGGCCGCCAGGUUUUAAGGAAUGGUACGACGCUGCGCGUUCCAAUGGCUCACCAUUGAUCGAUGAUUUCGACUCCUUGUAUCAUACAAUAUCGCCGCUCUGGAGGCUGAGCGGCAGCCAGGUUCUCGAUGCCAUGAAUCGAGCGAAAAACCUUCCUGGAAGCGAUUUGUGGCUUUGCACAUUCUCGGGGACAUCGUCGACAACACAAUGUAGUCACUCCUAUCGUACCUUUGACAGGCAUUUCUCGCCCUUCCCCCGAAGCAUCUCCCCCCACGAUCGAAGGAUAACUGUGGGGGAUCGCAGCCGAAAACCUGUAUGGGACUUGCUGGCCAAGAACUGUGGCCUUCAAGAAAGAGAAGUAGAAGACCAAGACAGCAUCAAUACCUUUGGCCUACCAUUCGUGACCAACAUCUCUUCGGCCCAAGAUCUCUGUCAACACCCAGAGUACAGCGCCUCACAUGGUUUCAUGAUGAGCCCCGUCUCAUUUCGCCCAAUCUAUGGCCUUGUUCCUAUCUUCUCAACCGGCAAACUUUCCACGAUGAGUGACAUUCUCAUUCCGAGCCCAGCAUAUACCGAGCAAGAGUUCAUUUACGACGAGUCAAAAGAUGUUGAAUGGGACCGAAAAAGAGACAGCCUCUACUGGGCUGGCUCGACUACUGGGGGUUUUGCGCUUGAUACCCACUGGCAGCUCUUCCAUCGACAAUGA